AUGGGCGUCGGCCGCUUCUUCUGCGUCGCCCUCCCCCUCAUCCUCACCAUCGGCGCCAUCAUCUCCCUCCUCGUCGCCACCCUCUCCGGCGUCGUCCACAACAACAACCUCUUCGUCUUCUCCGUCGACGUCUCCGACCUGUCCAUAAACCCCGCCAACUUCGACAACAUCGCCAACAAACUGGGCGGCCGCGCCGACGCACAGACCAGCAACAUCACCGCCGGCAACCUCGGCCUGGAUCAGGUCUACGACGUCUCGCUCUGGGGCUACUGCAGCACCGACAAGGAUGGCAAGCGUGACUGCAUCAAGGGCCGCUUCGACUGGGCUUCGCAUGAGCUGAACACGACCUGGAUCGAGGACUUUGGCUCUGCCGCCGGCGUCAAGAUCAAUCUCCCCACCGAGGUCAAGGAUGCUCUCAAGGUGUUCCGCACCGUCACCAAGUGGACCGAGGUGGCCUUUAUCAUCGCCCUCGUCGCCCUCGGCGUCGAGCUCUUUGUCGGCAUCUUCUCCAACUGCUCCCGCGUCGUUUCGUGCCUGACGUGGCUCGUCGCCUCGAUCACGGCCGUCCUCGUCGGAGCCGCCGCCGGCCUCGCCACCGCCAUGGCCACCAUCGUCGUGGGCACGGUCGAGAGCACCGCCAAGUUCUACGGCGUCAAGGGCACCGUCGGCACGCGCUUCCUCGCCGCCGUCUGGAUCGCCACCGCCUUUGCCAUCGGCGCCGCCUUCUUCUGGCUCUUCACCAUCUGCUGCUGCAAGCCCGAGCACCGCAGCCGCAGCGCCAAGCGCGGCAGCAAGCACGACGACGGCGAGAAGCUGCUGCCCACUCGCGGCUAUGCGCCCCUGACCAGCGACCACGAGAUGAGCGGCGGCUACUACAACCCCAACCAGCAGAGCCAGCAGUUUGGCCACAACUACUCGUCGCAGCCUCCGCGCUACCCCGGCGGCAACGGCCGCUCGGAUCUGGCGUACGAGCCUUACUCGCACCGCGCAUAA